AUGGGCCGCCGAAAACUACGAUACUUAUCACCAGAACGAACCGGGCGUUCUUCUAUUAUCAUUUCCAUCUUCCGGAAGUGUUCUAGAGAAACUGGUGUGACGGAACUUCACUGCCUGCGAAGGUUAAAAUAUGGAUGCAUUUGGGGGUGGGGGAUGCCAACGGUUGAGGAGGGAGCCAUCAUUCUGCCGAUAUUUUCGCCAGUGGUGAGGGAGUCAGUUGCGAAUAUCUGUUGUGCCAUCGAUACAUCCAGGUUUGAAGGAAAUGGUGACGUAAUUCUGUUGUCUAUUAUUGAGGUCUCACUCACAAGCGUUUGUCGACCUGUCAGGAUAUCACUUGGAUGA